AUGUAUGAGGAUGGAAAUACUUCAAUCGAGUGCAAAGAUAUGUUUCGUAUUGGUAGGUGCAUAUCUGAUUUCUUAGACAUUGUUAUUAAAAACAAAAGCUGGCAUUUAUCUCAUGAAGAGAUCACAAAUAUUUUCAGAGAAACUUGUCCAAACACCAAACUUGUUCAUUUGGCUUAUUUAUUGAGAAGUGGCUAUUCUGUUGAGAAGAGAAGAUUGGUUAUUGGAUAUGUAUUACCUCUUUUUAGAACUUCAGAACACUAUCGCGAAACAUUGCAGAAAAUAUUUAUUGAUGCUUGUUUAAUGGAGCCAAAUAAUUCCAUCCUCUCAUAUUCAUUCACUUCCUCAUAUUAUCAUGAAUUGAUGGAAACUAAGGAAGUUGAUGCUGCGUUGUUUACUACUGCUCUCAGACGUAAUGGCAGUUUACUUUGGUUAAACGAGUUUUUAUGUACUUUGAUGGUUAGAAGAUUCGACAAAAACAAUUUAGAGGACAGUAACUAUGAAAUGGCUAUUUACUUACUAAAACUGAAACACCAGCCACAAAACGGAGCUAUUUCAACUGUUUAUCAAAUAUUUCAAUUAUUUUAUAACAGAAAGCAAGAUUAUAUGGAACAUUUCAAAGAAAUUCUUAGAAAUCCUAGUUCAUCCAAGCUGGUAAUUGAAAAUUUACAAAUUUUCAACCAAGUGUUUUUAGAAGAAGUCAUUACAGCACCACAUAAUCUUUAUGUUAGAAAGGAAUAUUGUAAAAAGUUCUUUACCACUAAGAGGGAUUAUGUUUUAAAUAAUGAAUUGGAAGAAAAGGCAUUCAAUUUUUUUAUUAAUUAUGAAGGAUAUUCAUGGGAAAUUGAUUAUUUGUUUUCCAAUUUUAUUCGACUAAAGGAAAGUGCUGGAGAUGAAUUUUACGAAAAACACAGACAUCACUUUUAUGAGAUUUUCUUCACUCACUGGAAAGAAGCCAUAGAAAAACAAGAAAUGCUUAUUGAGCUUUCGAAAAUUGAUCUUAAGAGAACUGUUGAUGAAAUGCUAAACGCUGAUCCACCCAUUUAUCUAUCAUGUAUUUUUUCGAAAUUGAAACAAGCAACUCAAAUUAUUGAGAUAUUUAAAACCUAUUCGAAUGAAAUUGAAAAGAAGGAGCAAGAAAUAUUAUUUUGCAACCUGACACAUGCUUUGAAAAAAGUUCUAAUCAAACAUUAUAAUGAAAAGACAAAAAAGUUUCUGUUGGAUAUGAUAGAUUGGAUGACACCAGUUUAUCCCAAGGCAAAUGAACUAUGUCAAAAGAUCUUGCAGAACUAG